CGCGCUAUUUAGUAAGCUUUGCUAUUUUGUUUGAAUUACUAAGAGUAAAUUUUCCUUUCACAAAUACACACUUCCUGUAAUCGCCUGCAAUAUGAGUAGAAAAUCUACUCGGUCUUCAAUGCCAACAGAAGCAACACCUACUCCUAACGCGACAGCGCCGGCGCUUCGCAAGGUUUUCUUUGUGUCAAAACAACUAUUGCAGGAUCCCGAAAACGAACUGACUCUAGAGUACUUUUAUCAUCCGGGAAAAGGAAAGCCCGCGCUGUUUAUAACAAAGGGCAAUUCUCAGCUGAUGGAAGUGAUUGAAUUUGCCGAACAACGACGUUGCUGGCUAAUCAACGAUUAUGUUUGCUCAGAUGGACGCAUUUACAUGACAACACCGAUAGAUAUAACUUUACUAGCAUUACAUCAUUUGCGUGCCCAUUGUACACAAAAAGCACUUGCUUUGGACGACAUUGGUGAGCCGGAAGACAAGAGCACUUUGCGGCUGUUGCGGGAGUUUAUACGUGGUGAGGAGCACUUGCGAUGUGUGGCCGAUAUAAAGAAGGCUAAUGGAAUGGUGUUUUACAAAUAUAAUCCAGAGAAAACUUUGGCUUGGUUAGCAAUAAAAACGAGGCGAGUUGCUGAAAAGCUUCGUAGCAUUGGUGCACAUUGUGGAAAAAACGCCAUAUCGCAAAACUAUGUGCGUGGUGAACUUGAAGGUGAGAACAAAGAAGAAUCUGAUAUGGAUUAUUUGCGCAUGGCAUGGGACAUAGUUGGCAACUACUUGGAUCUGGAUUUGCAUGAAGAGCUGAGGAUCUAUUUGGAAAUACCCGAUGAAAAACCAAUAACGUCAACAAAAAAGGAAGAAAAAGAGAAAAGCGUUAACAAACGGAAAUCACUGAAGCAACUUAAUUCAGAUAGUAACAAAAAAAUAAAACUCGAUGAGAAGAGUACAAACGCGACUGAAAAACUGAAAGGAAGUGACUUAUUGGAUGCCUCGCCGUCUAAUGACAACAGUAGACCAAGUAGUGGUACAAGUGAAGAGAUAUGUCCACUGAAUAUCGUGCAGACUGUGCUAACCCCAUCUCCAGUUAGGGAACGGAAUUUGACAGCGAAGGAAAAGGCGUUGGCCAAGAGUGCCAAAGGCACAAAAAGCAUUGCUUCGUUCUUUAGUAAAAAGUAAUACACUGCCUUGUUAGCUUAGCGUAUAUUUUUAUUUCUUAAAUUAAAUAUUUUGUACUUGUUUUUUGUUAUAUC